CAAGAAGAAAACGAAGGAGUCGCCCAUCGCUACUUCAGAGAGAAUCUUGUUGAGAGAAUUCAAGAUGGCAGUUUCAGGUUCCAGGUAAAGGGCUCACUCCCUUGGUCCCCCCCAGUGCAUGAAGUUCUCCUGCAGUUGACGUGACUUACUGCUGCUGCCUCCUGUUCUCCUACCUUCCCUGCCUUUCACCAUGUCCUCCACCUCCUCCUCCUGCUCCUCCUCUGGAGAGACCAGCCCAGAGGAUGUACCCCGAGGUGGGGGCACCAUAAGAGUCUACCUCCCCAAUAAGCAGAGGACAGUGGUGAAUGUUCGCUCAGGACAGACGGUAUUUGACAGCCUGGACAAAGCUCUCAAAGUGAGGGGCCUCAGCCAGGACUGCUGCGCUGUAUUUCGACUCCUAGAGGGGCGCAAGAGGCUGACAGAAUGGAACACUGACAUCACCCCGUUGGUGGGGGAGGAGCUCCUGGUGGAGGUGUUGGACGAUGUCCCUCUCACCAUGCACAACUUUGUACGUAAAACCUUCUUCAAGCUGGCCUACUGUGACUUCUGCCACAAGUUCCUCUUCAACGGCUUCAGAUGCCAGACGUGCGGCUACAAGUUCCACCAGCACUGCAGCAGCAAGGUGCCCACCGUGUGUGUGGACAUGGACACCAUGACCAAACGGUGUGGGCCCAACCCCUGCACAGAUGAGGGGUAUCCUCAGAUAUCCAUACUGUUGCCAGACAACUCCAUAUCCCAGAGUGACAUAGCCUUAACCCCAGAGCCUCCUGGGCUUAAUCUGCUGUCCCCCACUUCGGCCUUCCGCUUCCCCCUCCCCGGUGCUGAAGGCCAGUCCCUGCAGAGGCAUCGCUCCACCUCCACCCCCAACGUCCACAUGGUCAGCACUGUGGGGCCCGCGGGCACCAGCAUCAUCGAGGAAGCACUAAAACUCAACAACACCAUGGGUCCUGAGCCCUCACCCAAGCCCUCCACCAGCCCUCCCUCUUCCCUGGGCUCCCCAGGCAGAAGACCUCCUAAAUCCCCCUCGGAGCACAAGGAGCGCAAGCAGUCGUCCUCAGACGACAAGAAGAAAGUGCACCGUGGCUACAGAGACUCUAGUUACUACUGGGAGGUCCACUCACGGGAGGUCACCAUGCAGAAGAGGAUAGGUGCCGGCUCCUUCGGGACUGUUUUCAAGGGCAAGUGGCACGGAGACGUGGCCAUAAAGAUCCUCAAAGUGACAGAGCCGACGCCUGAGCAACUGCAGGCUUUCAAAAACGAAAUGCAAGUCCUGCGAAAGACACGCCAUGUCAACAUUCUGCUGUUCAUGGGCUUCAUGACUAAGCCCAACUUUGCCAUAAUCACCCAGUGGUGUGAGGGCAGCAGCCUGUACCGCCAUCUGCACGUCAGCGAGACCAAGUUCGACACCAUGCGCCGGAUCGACGUAGCCAGGCAAACGGCGCAGGGCAUGGACUAUCUUCAUGCCAAGAACAUAAUUCAUAGAGACCUGAAAUCCAACAACAUCUUCCUCCACGAAGGUUGGACCGUGAAGAUCGGUGACUUUGGGCUGGCCACGGUUAAGUCUCGCUGGACCGGCUCACAGCAGGUAGAACAGCCCAGCGGGUCCAUUCUCUGGAUGGCCCCCGAGGUGAUCCGAAUGCAGGAUACCAACCCCUAUACAUUCCAGUCAGACGUGUACGGAUAUGGGGUGGUGCUAUUCGAGCUAAUGUCAGGGACCCUGCCUUACACCAGCAUCAACAACAGAGACCAGAUCCUCUUCAUGGUCGGGCGUGGCUACCUGUCCCCAGACCUCAGUAAGAUGUACAGUACCUCCCCCAAGUCCAUGAAGAGGCUCAUCAUUGACUGCCUGAAGUUCAAACGCGACGAGAGGCCUCUCUUCCCUCAGAUACUGGUAAGCAUUGAGCAGGUCCAGGAACUGUUGCCAAAAAUCGAGCGGAGUGCCUCGGAGCCCUCGCUGCACAGGGCCGUCCACGCAGAGGACCUGAACCCACUCCUGUUCCACACCACCCGGAUCAUGCCCCUGUGAAGCCCCGCCAGGGGAGCCAAGAGCUGGUUGGCCGAGCGACCAUCACCCGCCAAUGCUGCGGCAUUCUCACGGUGGAGAGAGAAAGAGAAAGAAAGAGAGGGAGAGAGAAAAAGAGAGAGAGAGAGGAAGCACUAACAGCAGUCCAUUCCACCACACAUUCCUCCCCCCCCCUAUCGUCCCCCCCUUUCGCCCCCUACCCUGGGCAAAAGCUGGAGCAUUGCCCAAGUCGGGUGGCGCCACUAGAUGGAGCCCCGUCGACAUGUGGUGCAUCUGGCUGGCUGAAGACUGUCCCUGCACAUCAAGCAGCACUCCCUCCCUGCUGAUGUGCCCAGGCAGUUUGGUGUGUGGGCCGUGCCGGAGACCCCUACAUUCCUGUUAGGCGUUGGAUUUCUCAAGGCUGCUUUUUGGGGUGGACACCUUUUUAAUUUUUUCGUAGUACCAUCGGAAUUUCAUGGUGAGCUUUCAAAGAGCAAGGAGCAGGAGAAACGAGAUCGCUCUGAAUCUGAUGUAAAAAAAAAAAGAAAAAAAAAAAAAAAAGUGGUUGUCCAUAUACCGCUGAGCUUUUGUUAAUUCAUAGUUCCUUGCAGUCUUAGUAUACAUACAUAUACACACACACACACAUUUAGUUAAAUUGCUGCUAUAAAACAUUGAUUGGUUUGCCACGGAGACCAGCAGUAUGGGACUCAAGCAACACCGCACAAUUGUCUGAGCACAGUAACAUUUCCUAAAGGCUUGCACUGUCUCCAUUCAAAACAUCGAGCUCCGCACAGCAUUGAGUUACAACACGGCCACAAAAGCUGUAGUCUUUAGCUACUGUAAGAGUAUUCCUGAAAACGUGCUUACAUUUAGCUUGAUUUAUACAUUGCACCAUGGAGCAGCUACUGAUUGUUUUAAGGUGGCGUUAGGCCAACGUUUCCUCACAUAUCAUAUUUCAUAAACUUCUGCAGGCUUUUUUGGAAAUUCUCUUGGAAGAAUUUGUCAAUGUAAACAUCAUGUGUAACCUGCAUACCCAGAGCAGAUGAGAGGGCAAGUCCUUGCCUUCCAAGAUACCUUUUUCCCAGACUAAUUUCUUAAUGUCAUCUGGCCUGGUGUUGCAAUCUCGUCAUAUUAAAAGUGUUUAUUUUUUCUUCACCAUAGGGAAUGUUCACAGCUCAGGUGAAUGGCAUUGUCAGGUGCAUAGAGCAGUUUCUGAAUGGGUGUUCAAUAUUGAUUUGUUUGCCAGCUCCGGCAAAUGGUUAAAACGAGCUGCCUUAAUGUAAGCACUGGCUUCUUUACUUGUUGUACCCUAAUGGCAGUGGUGGAAGUGCAGAGUAAUCGUUUUUUUAUUCCAAAUUGUUGUGGUAUGGAUUAUUGUCAAUCAUGUGAUAUCAAAAAACAAAAACACCAGCUUUUCAAUUGAAGAUACUUAAUGGAACGUUCAACUGUUUGAGACAUCCGCAAGAAAAUACAAGCCAGGUUUUUCUUUGCUGUUUUCUUUUUACUGGUGUUAAUACAUACUGCUGUUGCUUAGGCUGCAUGCUAGCACAGGCCACUAGUUGCUGCCGAGCAAUGCUUUCACUUAUUGAUGUCAGUGUACAAGAGAUUCUUAGUGGUCACCUCAAAUGGGGGAUUUUGCCAACCAGCCAGUUAUCAGAAAGAUGGGAGUUUCUUGUUGGAUGUAUGCGGUGGUUGUAGGCUAGUUCCUCUCAAACGCGUGUUAACGUUAUUUAUAAAAUAUUCGGUUGCUUAUUUCACUGCUCCCUGGUGCAAUGCAGAAAUCCUGUGUCGCUGAGGCUCAACAAUGAUCAUUUAAGUUUUAGCAUCUUGCGUUGGUCAAACUAACAGUAACUGUGAUAGUAACCCAGAAAGGUAUGCUUGGUGUUCUCUAUGCUGGCAAAUGGCUUGACGUUAGAGGGUGUGAUUUUUCGAUACUGUAUUUGACGUGGUCAAUUUAACAAGUGGAGAGCUUGUCAUUGUGUGUGCGUGUGUGUGCGUGUGUGUGUGUGUGUGUGGGGGGGGGGGGUCAGUAGUUAUUGAACAUUGCAGGACUGACAGCUUUUGUAAGAAGCAGAUACAGGUUUUUAAACCUAGAUGUUUUCAAGUUUCAAAUAAAUAAGGGGAAGGGCUGGGUACCCUCCUCUGUUUUCUUAUUCCAGUUCUGUUGGUGGCUGUGGGUUGGGUAAGGAUACGGAUAGGGUUGUCCGGGGCUUUGAUGACACGAAGGUUGGGGAAAGGCUCCAUUUUUGUUUCUUAUCUAAUUUAUUGAUGUCAUUGCAGAUUGUGUGAAUCUGCUGUUCUUGGAUCUUUUGGGGUGGGUGAGAUGUUUGUUUACUGACAGAGAUCCCUCUUUGCAACAUUUAAGUCAUAGUUAGGGUUCUUUCUGAUUUAGAAUGUUCUUCAAGGCACGGUACUGUCUCAAACUACUUCUCCAAACUAGCUUAUUUUUCAAACUCAAGUGUGGCUAAAAAUGGCAACGUAAGCACAGUAGAUGGAUAUCAAGUGUCAUAUGAUCAAUGCAAAGUGCAGAGAAAGACUCAAUUAAAUUUCCUUACCAAGGGCAUCUAUCAUUUGUUGUAUCUAUCGUGUAGAUUACAGGAGAAAUUGAGUAGGCCUAUGGCUGAAACGUAUCUCUCCAAAUAAAAUUAAUUUUACAGACUUGUAGCAAUAGAGCUAGCAAGGAGAGAUGAAUUUGUUUUCCAGUGCAUGUAGAAAUAUACAUGAUGCAAGCAUAAUAUCUAAUUUGUCUGGUGGCAUUGCUUUACCAUACUGUAACAUCAUGUAUUCCCUGAUUUCUCUUGAUUGAGGGCUCAGAUUCUAUCAUCUUUUUUAUUGAAGAGGUGAAAACGAGAGUAUCGGAGUGUGAGUUUAGUUGACUGCAUGCCUUUCUCUUCCAAAGAGGACAGCGUUUCGUCUGUUGAGAGGAGAGGUGGGGGACGGGGACGGGGUAGGGGGUGCCACAUUGACCAAAAUUGAAAAGUAAUAUACGGACUUCCCUUAAAAUCAAGUCUGCAAUAAGCGCAUGAUAUCAGAUAGAAGAUACCACUUACUGUCUCAACAGAGUAAUGGCAGGGGUCAUUGGAGUUUGGACGGAAACCAGACAAACUCAACAGCUGUCUAUUUUAAAGCAGAAAUGAGAAUGGGCGAGCUGUGUCAGUAGUUUUGCAUAUCUCUAGGUGAACUGCAAUAAUUGUGUGUAUAGUUUCUGAGGUAUCAGGGGUGUUCCGUUUGCAAUAAGUGGUAUAUUCUGCUGUGUACAGUUACAUUUUUUUUUUUUAUUACAAAACUGUACCUUGUUUCUAUUUUUGUGUGAUGGUUUGAAAAGAACAAAAUUAUUUUAAAAUGUAAAAGAAAUCUGUAGUAUUUUUGUAGGUUUUUGUCUUAAAAUAUUGAGGAUGCAGGAUUUUAUUCUUUAAAUAAAACUGUGGAAUACUUA